AGAAGUUACACAUUGACUAACUCAAGAUAUUUAGUAUAAAAAUUGAAUCUUGAUUUUCUAAAACACAUUUUAGUCAUGGUUUGGGAUGGCUCUUAUGUUAACAGGAACAUCUCUAACUUUCCCAGAGCUAUACAGACUAUCAGUCUUUGCAAAUGCUGGAUAUGAGAAAUGUAAAUUAAAGCUAAGUGAUUUAGAAAUUAAAGAACACAAGGAUGAGAUUCUAUCUGAAGUAAUGAGACUGUGUCAUAAACUAGAGCGUUAUCCAGUGCUUCAAGUUAGAGAUUUACUACCCAAUGGAAGUUAUUUCAAUGACACGAGCAAAAUAAUACACCCUGAUGAAGGCGAUCUGCUGCUAAUAUUUAGACAUAUAUCUUUAAAAAAUGUAAAUAUAUCAGAUGUAAAAGGAAAGAAUAGAGUAAAAUUGACCAUUUGUGAUGAAAAUUUGAAAGAACAACUCAAUGACAUAAAACUAUCAUUUGGAUUAUACUUUGGAUUAUACAAGGAAGUAGUCGAUUUUGAGAACAAUCUUCAAAGUGAUAUAACAUCUUAUAUCCAACAGGCAAUCCGUAUAUGUCUAUGCCAACUUGAAGGUAUUCACUACUUAGGAGCGAGUGAACUAGGACCAACGAGUAGUGAAUGGGAAUGCUUGAGAAAACUGAGACUUCUUAAUCAGGAGGGCUCUGCAUCUCUAUAUGGAUCCAUUAUUAGAUAUGGAAUACCUGGCGAGUUAAGGGAAAGUUGCAGGAAUGGAACUUAUAAUCCCCACUUACCUCCCAAUACAAUUGCUCUAGAUAAAAGGAUGCAUGGACCAUGUGUAAGGAUAAGGAUUGGUGGUGGUAAACAUACCACAGAUAUAGACCUAGGGUUUUGCAUAGAACUAGAACAUCAUCAGACAGAGCAUAGUACACAUAUAGCCCUACCGUAUUUUCAAGCAGAAUGGGUCCGAUCCGUCUAUAACAGCAAACAUAAACUAGAUGAAGAUCACAAUAAGCUGCUAAUGCUACUGAAACUCCUUAUUCUGGAAUGCCAUCUAGUCCACGAAAGCUCCACUUUCAGCUCCCAUGCCCUGAAGAUCCUGGUUCUUCGUCAUCAGGCAAGAUGCACCAGUGAGAGAUCAUUAGGAAGUUGCCUUUGUGAUGUAGCUCAUCAUGUAUUCGAACUCUAUGAGAUGAACGAGGAGUAUGGUCACCUGUUGAUAUAUGACAGUCGGAAGAAACUUCGAGAUGUUGAUUUCCCAUGUGUUGAUGUACAACCAACAAAACUUCGUAAUUAUUGGAUAAUGCCAGUUGUCCUCUACAUCACAAUACGUGCGCUGAGAUCUGGCUGCUGUACAGGUGAGGAGGCGCUACAUGUGGACAGAUGGUUAAUCAUAUCUGAACUAUGGAACAACAAGGAAUUGGGUGGUUAUGUACAGCUAAAUGCUGGCGACAAAGUAGUGUGCAAAUUACCAAUACAAAGGAUUGAUGAAUUACUGACAAGAUUUUAUAUUAGAAAGUAAUACUUCAUCCCAUAAAAGAAUGUGAACAAUGUGGCGAAGCAAGCAAGGGGUGGAGCAAAAUGAUUUAUAUUGUGUAAUAUUGUAAUUUCUUUAUUUUACACCUAAAAUGAUUCAUCACGACCAUGGGGGUAAUUGCCCCUUAUUGCACAUCAUCCUUUCUGAUUUGUAUUUUAGCAUCAUCACUAAUUGCUACAAACAGUAUUCAUUUUCGCUACAGAAAUCCUUCAUCAUUAUCCACCGGGAUUGAUUCCCGGUUCAGACGGGGAAUUUGUGAGGACAGGGUACUGACUGUUAUACGUUUUAACUGAAACAAUGACAAUGAGCGAAGAAGCGUUUAAAACAAUUUCAUUAAAAGUUUGUUCUAGUCCCAGCGGGCAAAGCUUCUAAUUUGUAAAAAUAUCUAUUUUUCUGUAAUUAUUACUCUAGUGGCUCAUGCUGGUUGAGUAUGUACUUGUAUGCAUGUCCAGAGAUUUUCUCUUCAGAAAUCAUCUAAGUGAAGGUCAUUGCCCAAUUUUUCCUUGGUAACAUAUUUGACACUGGAUGCGAAAUAGGUCAAAUGGUCACGCCCUUUUUUACACGAAUCCCCCUUCCCCUUUUUUAUCUCCAGAACUGUUGGUCAUAGAAGGUUUUGUGACCACUCAAAAUUACCAUCAUCACUGUGGAGCAACUCUUAAAAGGAGUUACGAAAACGAAUCCGUUUCCGUAACAAAAUGGCGCAUAUACCAUAUAUACCAACUGAUCUGUCUUCAAUACCAAAUAUUCAAGUUUUACUUAUGUAAUACCAGUUUGAGAAUGCAGUUCUAAAUGGUAGACUGUAUGGUCCCAAUCGGGCUGAAACUAGGAUUACUGUUCAUGGACCAUUAUCUCUAGGGCUAUUGGUACUGGACUUAAAUUCCUGAUAUGUCUGUCCUACACCUUAUUCCCGGAGUACAUAUUUCACACUAAAUCAUCAUUUGAUCCAUCGAGUUAUUUGUUUCGAAUAAAAGACGUGUAGCCGUAGAAGUUGUCAAAUAAAAUUCACUGGUAUAAAGUAUAUAAGUGUUAUGCACUGAGAGGUUGUUUUGAUACAGGAUUUAUCCCAAGGGAUAUAUGUAUAUUUAUUCCCAAAUGUCAUAAUCCUAAAACUGACAUUCAAAAUUUCCCUUAUCAGCGAAAGGCCGUAUUCAGAUCCCGUAUCAGCCAAAGACCGUAUCAGAUCCCGUAUCAGCCAAAGGCCGUAUCAGAUCCCGUGUCAGUGGAUUCUGUAUCAUCCAAAAUCCUAAAUGUUGAGAUAUACCAGUAAAUCACAACAUUUUGUUUUCUUUUUAACACUCAUUAAAAUAUUUCAUCCAAAAUCGUGUUAGAUCCCGUAUAGUAUCAGAACUCAAUCAUUGUGCAUAUAGAUAUUGAGUUAUUAUGACAUUCUAUG